CAGAGAGAGAAUCAGUUAAAAGUGUUGUGAUGCAACUUUUUUGUUCAAAUCUUACAAAAUGUUUACGUUAUGUUUAUAAUGAGCGAGUACAUCACGAAUCAAUCUUUCAAGCCGUGUUUUUGUCUUAUACUGAAUCACCAUGGUACACGUAUAAUAAGUGUUUAUUUUCGGAUUAUUUUAGUCCGGCGGGUACACUACCCGCCCGCUGCGGAGUAGUACAUUAUCUGGGUGACUCGUCCAUAGACUUAAACGGAGAGAAGUAGCGCCGGUUCCAAUGUUCUUCCGCAAGACGCAUGCAGUUUUGUGCGUCUCAGUAAGUAGUUGCAUACGUGUGUCUCCGUUGUUAAAGUUUAUUGUAUGAUUUAUCGUUAAUUUGAGACUUAUUUUAACAAUCGGGAGUCAUGUAAACAUGACGUCACGUGCGUCUUUUCUGGUCAGUCGUCAUGAAAACAUGGCGUUUGGAACAGAGUGAAAACAAACUACAUAUCACUGUAUACCACCAGUACCGGUAAGUUAUGUGUCAAAUCACUAACUGUCUGACUAUCAAACUAGACAAUAAAUAUUUUUUUAGUUUGUCACAUGUAGAUUAAUAUGAAGGGGAUAACGUUUUUAACCCUUAGUGCAGGAGUCACAAGUGUUUUGUUUUAGACAUAUAGUAAAGGUAAUGGUUCAAUUAAAGGACUGUUAAAAGAAAAGCUGCAAAUUAACAAACUAUUAAUAAACCUACCAUAUGUUGUAGGCAUAAAAGUUAUAAAUUAGGAGAUUUGUCAUUUUGACAAAUGGCUUAAAACGACACACUGUAUAUCCACAUAAAACCAUACCCACACUGCUGCUGUAGCCCACCUUUUGUCCUGAUACUUUAAUAUGGCAUUAAUGGCAAAAAAGUGCUAGCUCGCCACUAAUUAGAAAUAAAAAGGUUGGCAAAAAAAUGCAUCUCAAAACUCAUCAGAUUGAUGCUUUAAAAUAUGUUAUUUAAAAAAAAAGUUCUAAGGGGGAGCAUGCUCCCAGACCCUAGAGGGGUAAUUUUCUUCUCAUCUUUUUCACCCCUGACCCGUUUUCAUGCCUGAAAGGUCUCCAAAAAAAUCUGGAUUUUGGAGUUAGUUGAACCAAUGUUAAAAUGAUAGUUAUUUUACAAUAAACAUAUUAUUGGUUUCUGUAGGAAAAAAGAGUGGGUGGUGGCAGCGGAGCUCAUUGGGUGCUCAGCACCCCUAAAGCUCUAACCCUAGAAUCGCCUCUGUUGUGGACCAACUCCGCUUCACCUCUGUAACCGCCCCGUUUCUCCGCUUUCCGCAUGUCUCGCGGUUGCCGCGUACACUGUUUGAAAUGCCCAUUAACGUGCAAAUGGAGGCGUAUGAUAUCAAAGCAUCGCGAGAGCAGACUGCCCCGCAUGCUUUCUACUCACUCUCGCGGUACUUUCAUGUUUUGAUUGAUCUACGCAGCGCCAACAACACACGUGAUCACCUGCAGUCAGGUGGUGGGGGCGCGGAGAUGCUGAGAUGGGUAAAAGACGAAAUAACGUUAUAACAUUUCGUCUCGUCUCGUUUUGGUCAACGAAAAUAAAGAGACAUUUUAGCUUAGUUUUUAUUUUGUAAACCACUUUUAGUCUCGUUUUUAUUCGUCAACAAUAUUGCAUUAUACAUUUUAUUAUAGUCAUCGUCACAUGACCAUCAUUUUCGUUACGUCUCGUCUCGUUUUCGUCACGUGAAAAAGGUUCGUUGAGGACUAUAUUUCGUCAUACUUUUCGUUGACGAAAGCAACACUACUCCAGAUUCCUCUCUGUCUCUUCAUGAUGGUCGAGUGAGGUUGUCUGGAGAGAGAGAGUGUGAGGGUGAGGUGGAAGUUUACAUUCAUCAGGUUUGGAGGAGAGUUCUGCUGGACUCCUGGAGUCUCACUGAAUCCUCUGUGGUCUGCAGACAGCUGGGCUGUGGCUCUGUGCUGAACUUCACUAACUCCUCUUCAUCCAGUGAUGAACACAGUUAUGAGUGUGUGAUGGGCUUCCAGUGCUCUGGGAUUGAAGAUCAUCUGAGGAACUGCAGCUCUCCACAAACUCUCAACUGCAGCACAACACAACAGCUGUCAAUCACCUGCCAAAGUCAGCGGUCGAUCAGGUUGGUGGGUUCUGGUGGAGAUUGUGCAGGAAGGCUGGAGGUUUUUCACAAAGGCUCAUGGGGUACAGUGUGUGAUGACUCCUGGGAUAUUAAAGACGCUCAUGUGGUGUGCAGACAGCUGCAGUGUGGAGUGGCUCUCAGUAAUCAGCCAGUACCAGUCUGGUUUGGUUCUGGUUCUGGACCCAUAUGGCUGGAUGAUGUGAACUGUGAGGGGAAUGAGACGUCACUGUGGAGCUGCUCUUCACGGGUCUGGGGAGAUCAUGACUGUAACCACAAGGAGGAUGUAGGAGUGGUGUGCUCAGAGUUUAAAGAGCUCAGGUUAACUGAAGGCUGUAAAGGGAAUGUGGAGGUUUUCUACAAUGGAUCCUGGGGUAAUGUUUGCUACAAUCAAAUGAACAGAGACACAGCGAGUCUGAUCUGUCAAGAGCUGAACUGUGGAAGAUCUGCCAGUGAAUUCAGUUCUUCAGAUGGACUGAGAUCUCAGAAUUGGCUAAAUAAACUAAAAUGUAGAUCACACGACUCUAACCUAUGGCAGUGUCCAUCUUUACCCUGGGGAAUAAAUGACUGUGGUCACAAUGAUUCUGUUAAAAUCACCUGUUCAGAGAAGAAAACCCGUCAAUCACCUCGGAGUCAACUGUCAUGUUCUACCUCACCAUCUCCAUACCAAAGACAAUGUUCAAAUCAUCUUCCUCUCAGACUGAGUGGAGAGAAGGGUUUGUGUUCGGGGAGACUGGAGGUUUAUCAUAACUCUGUGUGGGGUUCAGUCUGUGAUGAUCUGUGGGACAUCAGAGAUGCUCAGGUGGUCUGCAGGCAGCUGGGUUGUGGAGCAGCAUUGAGUGCUGAUGGGAAUGAAGCGUUUGGUGCUGGUGAAGGUGUUGUGUGGAUGAACAGAGUCGAGUGCAGAGGGACUGAGAUUCACCUGUGGGACUGUCCUCAUGUCCUGAAAAAACACACUGACUGCUCACACAAAGAACAAGUUAGACUCAUCUGUGCAGAUGUUUCUGAGUCCACAACAACAUCAGCUUCUCCUUCAGUUUCUCAGACAAACAGGAGAUCAGUGACUCCUCCACAAACUCCUCCUCUCUUCAAUCCUCCAGUGGUUGUGAUUGUACUGGGAGUUUUGCUCUUACUGCUCUUAGUGCCGCUGCUGAUACUGAUUCAACACAACAGAGAGAUGAGGAGAGCUCUCUCUAAGAGGAGACACAGGACUCAGACUGAGGCAGUUUAUGAAGAGAUUGAUCACAGACACACAAUCAAACAAAAACACUUCACUCAGAGAGGGAGUCUCAUCUCUGAAGAACAGCAUUCUGGAUAUGAAAAUGAAGAUGACCUUUUCUCAGCAGAACAGAAAAUCACACCAGGAUACUAUAAUGAUGUCAUCACUGUUGGACUGUCGGCAGAUCGUCAGACAGCAGACGUGCCAGAGAAUUAUGAUGAUGUCAUCAUUAUCAGACAGAACAUUCAAGGUAUAAAUGCAGACGUGUCAGAGAAUUAUGAUGAUGUCAUCAUUAUUAGACAGAACAGUCAAGGUAUAAAUGACUAUGAGGAUGUGGAGGAGGAUGUGGUAUUUCAGGAAGCAGGUUAUAUGACCUACCCGGUAAUGAUCAUUACUGCUGAUCUGAAUGUGAGGUUGGUGAAUGGUGGCAGUCCUUGUGCUGGUAGAGUUGAGGUUCUUCAUGAUGGUCAAUGGGGAACAGUGUGUGGUGAUUAUGGUUGGGAUCUGACAGAUGCUGCAGUUGUUUGUAGAGAGCUGGACUGUGGAGAGGCUCUGGGCAGUUCUCACUUUGGAGAAGGAUCAGGACAGAUCUGGAUGGAUGGUGUGAACUGUAAUGGAUCAGAGACCACACUGAAGAACUGUAGAUCAAGUGGAUGGGGUGAGCCGGGCUGUGUUCAUGAUAAAGAUGCAGGAGUAAUCUGCUCAGGUCACAAAGCUCCUAGACUUGUUAAUGGACCUCAUCAGUGCUCUGGAAGAGUGGAGUUGGUUCAUGGGAAGACAUGGGGAACAGUGUGUGAUGCUGUGUUUGAUGAUCAGGAUGCAAAGGUUGUGUGUAGAGAGCUGAACUGUGGGGUUCCUGUACAGCUGCUUAGGGGAGCUGCUUUUGGUAAAGGAGAGGGGCAGGUGUGGACACAAGAGAUCCAAUGUACCGGUGAAGAGUCUCAUAUAUCUCUCUGUCCAUCAACGCCUUCUUUCAACGACAACUGCACACAUGAGAAUGAUUUUGGACUGAUAUGUUCUGGUUUCUCUGACCUCAGACUGAUGAACGGCUCUGAUAUCUGCUCUGGUCGAGUUGAGCGUCAGUAUUUCAAUAAAUGGGGCUCAGUGUGUGAUGAGUGCAUGAAUAUGAGAGCUGCCAAUGUCCUCUGUAGAGAGCUGAAUUGUGGGAUUGCUGUGUCUGUUGUGGGAGUGGACUGGUUUGGAGAGGGAUCUGAUCAUCUGAGGAACUGCAGCUCUCCACAAACUCUCAACUGCAGCACAACACAACAGCUGGCAAUCACCUGCCAAAAACUCACAGGUCAGAGGUCCAUGAGGUUGGUGGGUUCAGGUGGAGAUUGUGCAGGAAGGCUGGAGGUUUUUCACAAAGGCUCAUGGGGUACAGUGUGUGAUGACUCCUGGGAUAUUAAAGAUGCUCAUGUGGUGUGCAGACAGCUGCAGUGUGGAGUGGCUCUCAGUAAUCAGCCAGUACCAGCCUGGUUUGGUCCUGGUUCUGGACCCAUAUGGCUGGAUGAUGUGAACUGUGAGGGGAAUGAGACGUCACUGUGGAGCUGCUCUUCACGGGUCUGGGGAGAUCAUGACUGUAAACAUCUGGAUGAUGUAGGAGUCGUGUGCUCAGAGUUUAAAGAGCUCAGGUUAACUGAAGGCUGUAAAGGGAAUGUGGAGGUUUUCUACAAUGGAUCCUGGGGUAAUGUUUGCUGGAAUCAGAUGGACAGACACACAGCGAGUCUGAUCUGUCAAGAGCUGAACUGUGGAAGAUCUGCCAGUGAACCAAAUUAUUCAGAUGCAUUGAGGUCUCAGAAUUGGUUGGAUUUCUUUAAAUGUCGAUCACAUGACUCCACUAUAUGGCAGUGUCCCUCUGCACCAUGGGGACUGAAUGACUGUAAUGAAGAUGAAGUGGCCAAAAUGAUCUGCUCUGAGAUGAUGAUUAAUGAAGUUCCUCGGAGUCGUCUGUCAUGCUCAACCUCAGCAUCUCCUCACCAGAGACAAUGUUCAAAUCAUCUUCCUCUCAGACUGAGUGGAGGGAAGGGUUUGUGUUCGGGGAGACUGGAGGUUUAUCAUAACUCUGUGUGGGGUUCAGUCUGUGAUGAUCUGUGGGACAUCAGAGAUGCUCAGGUGGUCUGCAGGCAGCUGGGUUGUGGAGCAGCAUUGAGUGCUGAUGGGAAUGAAGCGUUUGGUGCUGGUAAAGGUGUUGUGUGGAUGAACAGAGUAGAGUGCAGAGGGACUGAGAUUCACCUGUGGGACUGUCCUCAUGUCCUGAAAAAACACACUGAAUGCUCACACAAAGACAAAGUUAGACUCAUUUGUGCAGACUUGUCAAUGUCUACAACUCCUUCCACAACAACAACAUCAGCUUCUCCUUCAGUUUCUCAGACAAACAGGAGAUCAGUGACUCCUCCACAAACUCCUCCUCUCUUCAAUCCUCCAGUGGUUGUGAUUGUACUGGGAGUUUUGCUCUUACUGUUCUUAGUGCCGCUGCUGAUACUGAUUCAACACAACAGAGAGAUGAGGAGAGGUACAGAGAUCCACACAUCACAUACAAGUACACAUCUGACAUAUUGAACUACAUCAACAUCAAUCUUACUACAGUCUUGUUCAGUGUAUCAUCAGUCAUGUGUUGUGUUUGUGUGUCUACACUCACA